UUUUGAAUGUGAAUGCAAUCAGCAGACAUGACGUAUGAUGAAACUGCCCCACAUUUUAAACUUGAUUUCUUUAAAUGGCUGAGCAAAAAACUAGGGGAGAAUCAUCAAGAGAACAGAGAAAGAGACGAAAAGUCCCUUUUUAAGGGUGUUGUCUCAAAAGGCACAAACUUCUCAUGUUCUGCUAACCAAGGCGCCUCCUGUGACACUUACGUCGCUUACUUUGCUCAGGAGCCAGAUUUUAUGGAUCUGAAAAGUAUAUCUGAUCUAUUUGGGGUCAAGAGUUCAUUGAUUUCAGAAGCUAGUAAUCUUGUUACUGAGACUACCAAGCUGAUUCCGGGUCAACUCUUGCUAGUGCCUGUUACCUGCAGCUGCAACGGGAGCCACUAUUUCGCCAACAUCAGCUAUGAAAUCAAGAUGGGCGAUAGCUAUUUCAUAGUUUCACGCUACUUCUUUGAGAAUCUCACUGAUUGGCACGUUGUGUUGGUUACUAAUCCCAGUCUGAAUCCAAACCUCUUGAAGAUUGGCACCAAAGUGAUCUUUCCAUUGUUCUGUGGAUGCCCUUCAAAAUCCCAAACGGAAAAAGGUAUCAAGCAUCUUAUCACUUAUGUUUGGCAGCCAACGGAUGACAUAUUUCAAGUUAGCACCAAGUUUAACACGUCGGAAGUUGACAUCAUAAACGAAAAUAACUACCGGAACUUCACCGAUGCAGUGGGGUCUCCAUUGCUCAUCCCCGUGCCGCGGUUGCCAGCACUCUCCCAACCUCAUCCCUCCAAUAGAAAAAGUGCAUUCAAACAUCGGUGGAUUCUCAUCACAGUUAUAAGCUCAGCAGGUGCUCUUCUUUGCUUCUUAGCAACUUUCCUUGUUUACACUGUUGGUUUGUAUGAGAAAAUGAAGCUUUUCAACCGCAAUGAUUCCUCUCUAGAGUCCAGUGAUUUGGUCCGAAUGAAGAAGCUUUCUAAAACUGAAAAGUUUGAGGUUCAGGCCAAACAGGAUAAGCUUCUUCCAGGGGUGUCAGGCUAUCUAGGGAAGCCAAUAGUGUAUGACAUCCAAACAAUUAUGGAGGGCACAAUGAAUCUCGAUGAACUCUGCAGGGUUGGAGGAUCAGUAUACAAGGCCAUGAUUGAUGGGAAAGUUUUAGCAGUGAAAAAGGCAAAAGAAGACAUCAAAGAGGAGCUACAAAUUCUACAAAAAGUAAACCAUGGAAAUCUUGUGAACUUGCUCGGGAUCUCUUCAAACAGUGAAGGAAACUUCUUCUUGGUAUAUGAAUAUACCGAAAAUGGUUCACUAGACAAAUGGCUACACUCCAAAUCUCCAACUUCUUCAAGCUCUAUGGGAUUUCUAACUUGGAAUCAAAGACUUCACAUUGCACUAGACGUUGCGAAUGGUCUUCAGUACUUGCAUGAACACACUCAACCGAGCAUUGUGCACAGGGACAUCAGAACAAGCAACAUACUUCUUGACACAAAGUUCAAGGCCAAGAUAGCCAAUUUCUCCAUGGCAAUGCCGGCUGCUAACUCCACGACGCCUAAAGUCGAUGUUUUUGCUUUUGGGAUUGUGUUGUUGGAGCUGCUCUCGGGAAGGAAAGCCUUGGUGACAAAAGAGAAUACGGGUGAGAUUGUGAUGCUGUGGAAAGAGGCUAGAGAAGUGUUGGAAGUUGAAGAGAAGAGAGGUGAGAAUGUGAGGAAAUGGAUGGAUCCGAAGUUGGAGAGUUCGUACCCCAUUGAUGGGGCUCUGAGCUUAUUAACAUUGGCAAAGGCUUGUACUGAGGAGAGGUCAACAGAGAGGCCAAGCAUGGGGGAAGUUGUGUUUAGUCUGUCUGUUCUUACUCAGCCUUUUUCCGAGACAUUGGUGGAGGCGUCUUGGACUUACACCUUAGAAGCAGAGGAAGUUGUCCAAAUUACUAAUCCAAUUACAGCUCGAUAAUUCGGUUUUGUAAAUGUGAAAAGUAGAUCUCUCCUUUGUAAAAGAUAAGUCUAUUUGUUCUUGAUCAAAAUAUCUUGUAAUAAGAAAGAAAGUCA